AUGCCCAUCCAAGCUUUUAUUUUCUGUGGUAAGGGUUCUAGUUUGGCCCCUUUUACACAGCCAGAUUUCCCGUUUCAAACGCAAAACAAGGACAGCACAACUGCCACGAACGGUGACAAGCUCAAUGAGUUUUCUAGUAGCGCGCUAGAUUCAAGUGUAAUCAAUGAGUUCAUGCAACAUUCUACACGCUUGCCCAAGGCUCUUUUGCCCAUAGGCAACAGACCCAUGAUCGAAUACGUCUUGGAUUGGUGUGACCAAGCGGAUUUCAAAGAGAUCAAUGUGAUCGCACCCGUCGACGAGAUCGAACUGAUUGAACGUGGAUUGGCUUCGUUUCUGUCCCUAAGAGAACAACAAUUCGAAUUGAUCUAUAAGGCUCUAUCGAAUUCUAACCACAGUCACCACUUGCAAGAUCCUAAAAAAAUUAAUUUCAUCCCUUCUAAGGCAAAUUCUACAGGUGAAUCCUUGCAAAAGGAGCUACUACCCAGAAUCAAUAGUGACUUCGUACUCUUGCCCUGUGACUUCGUCACUGAUAUACCUCCACAAGUCUUGAUCGAUCAGUUCAGGAAUAGGGAUGAUAAUAAUCUAGCAAUGACUAUCUACUAUAAGAACUCUUUGGAUAGUAGCAUCGAUAAAAAGCAACAGCAGAAGCAAAAGCAACAGCAAUUUUUCACAGUAUAUUCAGAAAACGACGACUCGGAGAAACAGCCAAUACUAUUGGACGUUUACUCUCAAAGAGACGUCACGAAGACUAAAUAUCUACAGAUCAGAUCACAUUUAGUAUGGAAUUACCCUAAUCUAACUAUUUCUACUAAAUUACUGAAUUCAUUUAUUUACUUCUGCUCUUUUGAAAUUUGUCAGUUGCUAAAAUUAGGAUCUCAAUCAAUGUCAAGACAAGCUUCAUUCAAAGAUCCAUUUACUGGAAAUCAACAGCAAUACAACCCUCCUAUGGCUGAUGAUGAUGAAGACAGUAAUCAUGAUGACGACGACGGUUAUAAACCUCCAAUCACAUCCAUUCAGCCCACGUAUUUCAAGAAAAAGAAUGACCUCAUCUUGGACCCAAUAAACUGCAAUAAGUCAUUAAGUAAAGUCUUUAGAGAUUUAUCUCGCCGUUCAUGGAAACAUUCUAAACUAAGAGAACCAAUAGGUAUCUUCAUUCUACCAGAAGAAACCUCGUUCAUCAGAGCCAAUAACUUGAACGCAUACAUGGAUGCUAACAGAUUCGUACUAAAGAUAAAAUCUCAGGCGAUGUUUACUAAAAAUAUACAAAUUCAAUCCGCCGCCAUUGGUGCUGAUGCCAUCGUUGACCCCAAAUGUCAGAUUUCCGCCCAUAGUAAUGUCAAAAUGUCUGUUGUCGGUAGUCACGCCAAUAUAGGUUCUAGAUGUCGUAUUGCAGGGUCUCUCCUGUUCCCGGGUGUUCAAUUAGGUGAUGAAGUGAUUUUGGAGAAUUGUAUUGUCGGACCAAUGGCCAAAAUUGGUUCUAAGUGUAAAGUCGUCAAUUGUUAUAUUGAAGGUCAUUACGCGGUAGAGCCUAAAAAUAACUUCAAAGGCGAAACGUUGGCCAACGUUUAUUUGAAUGGUGAUGAGGACGACGAAUUGAUAUAUGAUGACAGUGUUAUCGCUGGUGACAGUGAAACUGCGGAAGAAACUGAUAGCGAUGAAAGAAGUGAUGAAGGUUCCGAUGAUAGCGAUGAAUAUGAAUAUGAGGAUGAUGGAUUGUUUGAACGUUAA